GAGGGGCUUGAAGGUUCGUUUGUGCCAUGAGCAUUGAUGCCAUUGAAGCCGUUUUUGAUGGAGCAAAUGUGCCGCUGGAGACCUGGCAAACCUUGGCGUUACGGCCGGUGCGGAAGAGGCUGGGUGGUUUACUGGCGGCCACUGGUGCAGCGAUAAACGUGGAGGUGCCGGUGAGGGAGACGGAGGGAAGACUUCGCGAUGCUAAGGCAGUGAGAAGUGGGGAUCGCCAGGUAAAGUUGAGACUUAGUCGAAGAUCAACCUGUGAUGGGAUCGAACCUUUUGCCAUAUUGGGUGCAUCAGUGCAUUUGGUAGAUUCAACUAGUUUUAGCUUGCCAACGCGGGCGGUUUGUUCACGACGAUGUUUUGGAGAACUAAGGGCUCGACUGAAGAGCAGCUCGUUGUUGGAACGUCGCCAAGCCGCAGCAGAUGAGGUGCUCCGGAAGGUAAAUGGAAGAAGCGGUUCAGCAGCUGAAGCUUGCUUGGACGAAUGGCUGCAAGGGUUUUAUGCGGAGAUGUCAGAGCAGGAAAGACUCCAGCAAGCCUUAUGUGAUGCUUUGCCAGCUGCCGUGCAUGAAGUCAAGGUAAAGGCAGCGGAAGGAAAAUCACAGAUAGUGCUGCUCAAGAGCUUGCACUGGUUGAUGCUGAAGUCCAAUUAUAUUGUCCUCAAGGAUCGCUUCGGGCUUUGCUUACCAGUGUUGCUCCAGAUUUUGGAGAGCUCCACAGACUCCCUGCUUCGUUUCGUUGGGUGGGAUGUUCUGAAUCUCUUGCUGGAUCGUGCAAUGGCAGUAGAAGUGCAGAACUUUGGCCCCUGCCUAGCUGAUUUCUUUGAGAGUCAUUCUCCUUUUUUUCCUUCAAGAAGAGCUUGGUCGCUUAACCGUGGCACCCUUCGCCAGUAGCUUUGUGCUGUUUAUUCUCAAGGCCUAUCCGGGCCACGAAAGCACCGUCACUGCCCGUGAUGAGCAGUUGGAACGGUUCUUGCGCUUCGGGUGCUUUCAUUGCAAGGCACAGGCACAAGCGUUCUGCCUGUUCCUGGAGUUUGGAUUACUUCCCCUCCUGGCACGAGAAGCUCUAUUGUUGGCGCCAAGCUUGCAAGAGAUCUCUGUGCUGCUCCUUCAAAGCUGUGAAAGUCCGCAAAUCAUAGAGGUACUCCUGUCGUGGCGAUGUGUAUUGCUACUUUUCAGGCGACUGCCGCAACGUUUGCCGCGAUACUUUCAGGAUAUCCUUCUUCGUGUGAUUUUUGGCUUCUUGACCUUCGUAGCUUCAGAUGCACCUGAAAGUCUUGGCUUGAAAGAAUCCCCUGAUUCGAUCCGUGGAUUUCGUGCUCCUGUGGUGGCUUCCAUGUCUUCUGCGGAGUGGGAGGAGGCAGAGGCACGACGAGAAGAGCUGGCCGUGGUGCUCCAAGAGGUACUGGAGAUCUUAGCAGAGAACACACCUCGGCCUCUUGAAAAGACCUUGAAUGAGCUUCAGUCUGGAUCCAUGCUUCCAGCCACCAAUCGAGCCACAGAAGCUUUGUCACCUCAGCUCGGCAAAUUCGUGUGCUUCGCUCGCGGAGUCAUGGAACCUCUCCAGACUGAAUGUGUAGCAGGGAAAAGAAAAGG